UGGGGCCGGGAAGCUAUCUUGACCGGGAGCCCCUAGUUCGAUUCGAAAGUUAUUCGUCUGUAAUUAAAGAUCGUACUCAACAGAUUUUAUUUUAGGUUCCACAUUAUAAGCAACAUGUAAAAAAGAUUCAUAAAUAACAAUAAAUAGUGUUCGUUUGUUGUACCUCGUUUUGGUACCCCCCCUUCCGAUAGGCGCGCUUACUGAAGCGGUGCGACGCGAGGCGGCGCGGCAUGAGGAAGGCACAUUCAACCGAAGUCCUUCGUUCAAACAUUCAAUGAAGUCGGUGAAACGUGGCAACGCUGAAAGGAACAUACAAUUUCUCCGGCUAUCCAAGUACCGCGUCUAAAAUCCUGGAUGAUGCUUUUGAGGUCGAGAUUGCCAGCCGGAUGAAAGAUACAUCAGAUUGGAUCAGUGCCCCCACGUGUACCAUGCCGAAAUGACGAGCCUAAUGAGAACGGAAUACGGCAUUGUUAGCUGGGAAUAUGUGGGGCUCCAAAUGGUCUGCUGCCCCAAGCCUGGCGACGAGCUGCCGAGCCCGGGUACCUGUGGGCGCAGUCCGGCUGGGUACCGAAUCGCGCGGGGUCAAGAGGCGAGUCCAAACGAGCUUCCCUGGAUGGCCAUGCUCUUGUACCUGAAUAACACAUCCCUGGAGAUAAUCCCCUCCUGUGCGGGAUCUCUGAUCAACAAUCGCUACGUGCUGACCGCUGGCCACUGUGUGGCUAGCAUGCCGGGCACCUUCACGCUCAAGAGUGUUCGUCUGGGCGAGCACAACGUCGGGAGCACAGCAACUGGCCUUCCUUUAUGCUGGGACCGGAGAGUCCGAUGUGCGGUCCCUCACAUCGACAUCGACGUGGAGAAAGCCUUUGUCCAUUCGCGUUUCAAAAAAGGAGCUAAGACGCAGCUGCAGCACGACAUCGCCCUGCUGCGACUCAAAAUGCCAGUGCGCUUUAGCAAUGGAAUCAAGCCGAUAUGCCUCCUUCGGGCCCACCCGCCCUUGACGAACUCCACGCUUCAGAUUGCCGGCUGGGGACAAACGGAGGACGGCAGGCUCAGCCAGGUGCUGAGGAAAGGGAACGUGAACGAAGUGCACCCAAGUAUGUGCUCGCAAAUGUUCCGAUACCUGCAGUUCAACUUCCAUUCCCAACUAUGUGCUCUUGGACAGAGGGGAGUUGACAUCUGCGGAGGCGACUCGGGCGGUCCGCUGAUGGCCACCAUGAGGGGCUUCCAAGCAGACAUCAUUUACCAAGCCGGCAUCUCCUCCGUGGCCCACCAAAUUUGUGGAUCGCUCGGAUACCCGGCUGUUUUCACCAAAGUUAAGCACUUUUUCAACUGGAUAACGCGUAGGAUGAAGGCCUAGCAGCUCGUAAUUGGAUUAGUUUUAUUUGUCAAAAGAACUCGUAAAAUAUACACAAGUACACGCAGGUAAA